CAUUUCUCGUCCCAACCACCACAAGCAAUCAUCUCUCAAGAUCAGCCCGGCGCCGCUGCAUGCGCCUGACGGCUUCUCUGCGUCUACGCACAUUCCGACGCCUUGCUGUGCGCGCAACGGGCCGCCUGCCCGCGCGCUCCCUCGCCUUCGCCCGCCGCGCGGUGCCGCCUUCGCCGCUGCACAGCCAGCCUCCGCUGCGCCGCACGCUUCACGUCGCCAUGCCGCUACUCGCUCUCUCCGACACACGUCAGGUGCAGGGCGACGUCGCCGCACGCCGCAGCGCCGCUAUCGUCGAGCGCUUCGCCGAAAGCGGCAUCGCAACCAAGCGGCCGCUGCUGCUCGACGUCGUGCAGGCGCUGCUGCUCGCUGCGCUCGCGCAGCCGGCCGAGAUCCCGCAGCAGGUGCGCUUCAUCGCCGAGCUGCUGCCGGAACUGCAGCGCUGCGACGCCGAGUACUUCUGCGAGGCCGAGGAGCCUGCGUAUCAGCAGCCCGGGCGCGCAGAGACCGAGGGCGCUGGCGACGCUCUGCGCGCUCUGUUCUUUCAGGCGCUCGGCCGCGAUCUACUGCGCGCGUGCGUGCCGACUUCGACGCCGGAACCGCUCGGAGACGGCGACGCAUCUUCCUCUACGCACUUCCUGCCGGCGCUUGCUCACUCGCUGCUGGCCGCUGAGCUUCUGCGCAGCGACGAGCUGCGCGACGAGGCCUGGCGCGUCGUCGAUUCGCUGCUUGCGCGCUGCCUCUUCACGUCGACGCCGCACGCCGCCAGCCUCGUCGCUCUACCGGCGCUCCUCUCGUCGCUCGACACGCUGCGUGCGCAUCUCGAGCCGACUGGCUCUGCGCGCGGCAAAGGCAGGAACUACGUCUGGUACGACGACGCUUUCAGCUCGCCCUCCGCGACAUGGGGCUUCGACGAGGUCUGCGCUGCGUUCACCGCCGGCCCUCCGAAGGCAGUACUCCCACGCGCCGGCACGGACUCGCUCUCCGACGGUCUGCUGCAGCAGUACACAGCUGCAAUCUCGCGCGUCGAGGCCGCAGAGCAAACCGAUCGCAGCGUCGCUCAGAUGCUAGAGGACUACCGCUUUAUCUGCGAGGGCAGCGAGACGCUGGCCAGCAUGCGCGGCGGUCUGGACCAGCUCGAGGCCCGCGCCGGCAGCAUCACGUCGCUCUUGCAGAAGAAGCGCCGGCAGCUCAACGGUGCGACGACGGCGGAACAGGCGGACGCGAUCGCUUCACUUUGCGACGAGCUCGACGCCCUCGAGGGCAAGCUGCGUGCAUUGGAAUAAUCAUACAGAGUAGAAGUACAUCUGGCCGGCAUCGGCCGUGCAAUCGAUACAGUAGAGUAGGGAGCCAGGCCCGCGCAACGAGAGACUUGCUAGCGCAAGACUCGUGCCAAGGCGGCCCGGAAGCCCGGACGGAAGCGGUCGAGGGCCGGCGUAGGAGCAGCCGGCUUGACGGGCGGGGCCAAGAUCGGGUCGGUCCUCGUCUUGCCGCCGGAGCCCUGCAGCUGGAUCGGCGAGUACGCAUCAACGUCGCCUGCGGCCCAUCGGCACGUCUCGCGCAUCUCUGCGACAGCGCGGCGCCGCGCCGCCGCCUCG